AACUAAGCCACUUUCAUGGCUCCCUGCAAGUCCUGCCUCCUGUCAGAGGCAGGGAAGAGGAAGAGUCCUGUUCCAGAUGUCGACAGAGGAGAGGGAGAGGAAGAGGAAGAGGAAGACAGUGUGGGACUGCAUCUGCCAGCCAUCUCAAAGAACUGCCUUCCCCGCCGAGGCGUUAGUAUCCUGGAGAAGCUGAUCAAAACGUGCCCCAUUUGGCUGCAGCUGGGGCUGGACCGAGCAGAGGUGACCCGAAUCCUACACCGGGAGGUGGCUGGGUUGUUCCUGGUCCGCCAGGACGGCAGCAUAAAGCGCCUGGUGCUCUGCGUCCACGUCCCUUCCCCAAGUGACUGCUCCUCCGCGGUGCUGGAGUAUCCCAUCAGAGAAGAGAAAUCGAUACUGUACCUGGAAGGCUCAGUUCUUGUAUUUGAGGACAUCUUCAAACUGAUCGCAUUCUACUGUGUCAGUAGAGACCUCCUUCCCUUCACACUGCGGUUGCCCCAGGCUAUCCUCGAGGCCAACAGCUUCACAGACCUGGAGACCAUCUCCAACCUGGGCCUAGGCUUCUGGGACUCCUCGCUGAACUCACGAGGAGGUGGCCGCCCACCCGAGCCCCCAAAAGACCCAGCCCCUGGGGGCCCCGUAACCUCCAGCCUCAGGUCCACGGCCCAUUACGCAAACUGUUCCUGCGAAAUCGAGCUGUCCAUAGGAAACGACCGGCUGUGGUUUGUGAAUCCUAUUUUCAUAGAAGACUGUGGCAGCGCCCUGCCCGCCGACCUGUCGCCGCCUGGCAGCUGCCUCUCGCGCCCUGAGCCGGGCACCUCCGACGCUGCUACCUCUCCCACCUCCAGGUGGGCACCCCGCCGCCCGCCGCCCCCACCCCCAGCGCCUUCCCCAGCCCGGGCCCCUGGGCUCCCUGCUCCUGCUUGUCCUUUGCCCAGUAGCCCCCCAGUCUCGGCCCCCCACCUCCCAUCCCAUGUCCCAGGCCCCACAGACCAUCCAAACCAGCCACCCAUGACAGCCUGCGAGAGGCUCCCACACCCCGCUGCAGGCCUGAGUGUCUUCUGGGAACGAGAGAUGAAGCCCGGGUCGGCCCCCAGCCCCUCACAACCGACCCCUGCCCCUCCACUGCCCACAAAGAAGACCCUUCCGGCCGUGCCUCCCAGGCGACGCAUCUCUGAUAGGCUGUCUCUGGAAGACCAGAGUGCGGGGAUGGUGGCUGAGGGGGACCAGCCAGGCCUUUCCAGGGCAACCCCGCUCACCCUGCCUCCACAGGGGGCCUUGGGAAGCCCUGGGGACGGUCCUCAGAGGACCUCAGAACAAGGCCAGGAAGCAGAGGCCAAAGCCAGUGAUCUGGUCAGCACACCAGACCCUCCCAGGAAGACCAGACAACCCCCAGUCCCACCCCCCAGGAAGAAACGGAUAUCCCAGCAGCUGCCUUCAGUCCUCUCAAGUCCCCCGGAGAGUGCUAAGACCCCCACGAAGGAGGUGGCCUCUGUGAAACCCAUACCUGGAGAAGGCCAGGCCGCUGCCCUCCAGUCUGGGACUCCACACCUCCAUGCCCAGACCACCGCCUGUGCUCAGAGCUCUCCAGAGUUCAAGGGCUCCCUGGCCUCCCUCUCAGACAGCCUGGGAGUGCCCUCCUCAGCCGUGGACCAGGACUCCUACUCGACCAGCAGCGCGGAGGAGGAGCUGGAUUUCAGCAGCCCCAGCGUGAAGAAGAAGCCAUCGAUGAUCUUGGACAAGGCGCGCCACCGGCUGAGCUUCGCCAGCUUCACCAAUGUCUUCCACGCCUUCCUCUCCAACAACCGCAAGCUGUACAAGAAAGUGGUGGAGCUGGCACAGGACAAGGGCUCCUACUUCGGCAGCCUGGUUCAGGACUAUAAGGUGUACAGCCUGGAGAUGAUGGCACGCCAGACUUCCAGCACGGAGAUGCUGCAAGAGAUCCGCACCAUGAUGACGCAGCUCAAGAGCUACUUGCUGCAGAGCACCGAACUCAAGGCCCUGGUGGACCCUGCCCUGCACACAGAGGAGGAGCUCGAAGCCAUCGUGGAGUCAGCCCUGUACAAGUGCGUGCUGAAGCCCCUGAAGGAAGCCAUCGACUCGAGCCUGCACGAGCUCCACAGCCAGGACGGCUCCCUGCGGCAGCUCAAGGAGAACCAGCAGGUGGUCCUGGCCACCACCACCACUGACCUGGGCGUGACCACCAGUGUGCCCGAGGUGCCCGUCAUGGAGAAGAUCUCGCAGAAGCUGGCUGCCAUGCACAAGGCCUACUCUCCAGAGAAGAAGAUCUCCAUCCUGCUCAAGACCUGCAAGCUCAUCUAUGAUUCCAUGGCGCUCGGCAACCCAGGGAAGCCCUACGGGGCCGACGACUUCCUGCCCGUGCUCAUGUACGUGCUGGCCCGCAGCAACCUGACAGAGAUGCUCCUGGACGUGGAGUACAUGAUGGAGCUCAUGGACCCGGCCCUGCAGCUGGGGGAGGGUUCCUACUAUCUGACCACCACCUAUGGGGCGCUGGAGCACAUCAAGAACUAUGACAAGAUCACAGUGACCCGGCAGCUGAGCGUGGAGGUGCAGGACUCCAUCCACCGCUGGGAGCGGAGGCGCACGCUCAACAAGGCCCGGGCCUCGCGCUCUUCGGUGCAGGUGUGCUUGGGGCGGCUGGGAAAGGGGGUUCUAGAAAGGUACUCCCACAUGUCAGGGGUCUACUCGUGUUGAAAGGCCGGCGACAGGAGGACUGAGACGUUUGUCCAGCACUCCUUGGCACUUCCGGUGUCCCAGCGCCCUGCCAGCCUGGAGAUGUGGUGACCCCUGCUGAUCUGCGGUGUUGCCCGGGACCCAGGACAGAGGCUUCCUGCGAGGCUUCCACACCUCUCCGCGCAGGCUGUGACUCGGGCCUUCAGGCCACACUCCUGCCUCCUCCUCACUCCUCCCUCCCUCCCACACACCCCAGGUGAACAGGUCCAGUCACUUUCCCUUCCUGGAGCAUUGGGCUCAGCUCCCCCGCUGCUCAGCCUCCACCCAGGCUGAUAUCUCUCCCCUUCUGCUCCAGCAGCCCCAAGCAGCCGUCCUGACAGCCACACGCCGCUCCCCACAGGAGGGCAACGUCCUCCUCUGCCUCCCUAUUACAUUAUGAGCCACACCAUGUUGUAGCCUGGCUCACGUGUCUCAGAGGCCCCAGGCCCAGGGUCUGGGACAGAGCGGAACUGCCCUGUGUGGAGAGUGGAAGGAAUAAGGCCAGUGGGCCAGACACCAGUCCUGAACCCCACUCCUCGCUUUCAAGAUGGCCCGUCUAUUUAAAGCCCAGGCCUGGGAGGCAGGGGGCUCAGGUUGUGGACCCAGCUCUGCCCUGAGCAAUCCUGGCCCCUCUCUGGAACUCAUUUCCAUAUCAGAGUCGCCCAACUGGAAACCAAAAGUUCAGUUAGCUAAGCUAAUUGUCCCUGCCCCUCCUCCAAUCAGCCGCACUUUGAAACUGGCUGUGUGGGGAGGGGAAAAGCUCUGACUUGAGUUCUGUCACUUUCCGUGCUGGGAGUUUUUACACCCAUUUCAGCGUCCCUCACGGAACUUGGAUCUGGAAGGAGACAUCUGCUCUCCCAGGCUGUCACGAGGGGCUGGCAUGAGCCACCUCAGCCCACCACUGUCUGUGACCCCUCCCAGCACACCCUUACCCCAACAGCUCUGGGGCUGUGGGCGCUCUCUGGUCUGAGGUGGCCCGGCCGCUCCUCUUUCUUGCCUCUGCCCCGUGGUUUCCAAUGCUGAGCCAGGCACAGCGUCCAGUGAGCUGGACCGAGAGGCACCCUCUGCCCUCACGACACUGCUUUUGCACCCCAUGCCUUAAAUCCCUUCCGGGGCAGGGUGAGUGAAGGGCUCCAGGGUCGCCUGAGGGAUCCAAGGAGAGCCCAGGCAGCCACCAAGAUACCGAGAA